GCGCGGUCUAGCGCAGGGCGGGGAGAGGCGGCGGCCGCGGGCGUCCAGCCCCGAACCUGUCAGACGCGGGGAGCCGGCCUGGAGCUGCUGGCGCCUCAGGCACGAGGACGGCCCCGGUCCCCCGCUGCCCGGGGCUGAGCUGUGCGAGCCGGCCCCGCCGAGCCGGCCCGGGGUGGGGAGAUGAGCGGCGGCCCGGCGGCUGCGCCCCAGGAUGGGGAGGGACGUAUGGCAGUGCCUUCGGGAACUAGCGCUCGGGUGAAGUAGGAGCCGCCGGCCGUCAGCCUGCACCGAGCCGUUUGGCGCCGCAGCUGCUCAGCCUUUGCCAUGGCCGGAUCCAGCGCGUGGAAGCGCCUCAAAUCUCUGCUGAGGAAGGAUGAUGCGCCGUUGUUUUUAAAUGACACCAGCGCCUUCGACUUCUCGGAGGAGGCGGGGGACGAGGGGCUUUCUCGGUUUAACAAACUUCGAGUUGUGGUGGCCGACGAUGGUUCUGAAACCCAGGAAAGGCCUGUUAACGGGGCGCACCCGGCCCUUCAGGCCGACGAUGAUUCCUUGCUGGACCAGGACUUACCUUUGACCAACAGUCAGCUGAGUUUGAAGGUGGACCCCUGUGACAACUGCAGCAAACGGAGAGAGUUGCUGAAGCAGAGAAAGGUGAAAACCAGACUGACCAUUGCUGCCGUUCUUUACUUGCUUUUCAUGAUUGGAGAACUUGUAGGUGGCUACAUUGCAAAUAGCCUAGCAAUCAUGACAGAUGCACUUCAUAUGUUAACUGACCUAAGUGCCAUCAUACUGACCCUGCUUGCUUUGUGGCUGUCUUCAAAAUCACCAACCAAAAGAUUCACCUUUGGAUUUCAUCGCUUAGAGGUCUUGUCAGCUAUGAUUAGUGUGCUAUUGGUGUAUAUACUUAUGGGAUUCCUCCUAUAUGAAGCUGUCCAAAGAACUAUCCAUAUGAAAUAUGAAAUAAAUGGAGAUAUAAUGCUCAUUACCGCAGCUGUUGGAGUUGCAGUUAAUGUGAUAAUGGGGUUUCUGUUGAACCAGUCUGGGCAUCAUCACGCCCAUUCCCACUCCCUGCCUUCAAAUUCUCCCACCACAGGUUCUAGAUGUGGACACAGCCAUGGGCAGGAUAGCCUGGCAGUGAGAGCUGCAUUUGUACAUGCCUUGGGGGAUUUGGUACAGAGUGUUGGUGUGCUGAUAGCUGCAUACAUCAUACGAUUCAAGCCAGAAUACAAGAUUGCUGAUCCCAUCUGUACAUAUGUGUUUUCAUUACUUGUGGCUUUUACAACAUUUCGAAUCAUAUGGGACACAGUGGUUAUAAUACUAGAAGGUGUACCAAGCCAUUUGAAUGUAGACUAUAUCAAAGAAGCUUUGAUGAAAAUAGAAGAUGUAUAUUCAGUGGAAGAUUUAAAUAUCUGGUCUCUCACUUCAGGAAAACCUACUGCCAUAGUACACAUACAGCUAAUUCCUGGAAGUUCAUCUAAAUGGGAGGAAGUACAGUCCAAAGCGAAGCAUUUAUUAUUGAACACAUUUGGCAUGUAUAAAUGUACUAUUCAGCUUCAGAGUUACAGACAAGAAGUGGACAGAACUUGUGCAAACUGUCAGAUUUCCAGUCCCUAACUAUACAUGUUUGGGGGCCUACUGCCUUAUUUACCCUGCAGUCACAGGCGCAAGAGCAAUAAAUGCACACCUAAAUGAGAAAUGGAAUCCCUGACAGCUAUGUCCAUAACAAGCACCAGUCUCUCAAAACAGUUACUCCAGCCUGACAGUGCUAGUUUCUGUUUAAUGGUAAAAUGAGACUUCAUGAUGACUUUCUGAAGAUGUUUCUAAAACACUGUUUACAGAAUGAGACAUGACUCUACAGAUACCUCAUAGAAGACAAUCCAAGACCGUACUUCAUUAUCUACGACAGUACGUGUUUUAAAGGAAGCAUCAAAAAUUCAGUAUUUGCAUUUAAAAAUCCUUUUUAAGACCAUUUUAUAUCAAGCCAGUACUGGAAAACCAAAUUUUUAAAUUAUGUAAUCUUGAUAUCCAGCUUCUGGAAUUUGACACCCACCUUUCUUUUUAGCAAAAUUAUUUCUCAACAGAUUUCAGAAAGUACUACCAGUUAUCCAGAGAGUGGAAUAAGCACGUAUUCCUAGAGUUUCAGAAAUGUAUUAUUUCACAAGUAGUCCUGAUUGUUAUGAUUUGUAAUCAACUUUUUCCAGAUACUACAGGGUUUUGAAUGUCAAAGUUAACAUUUUGGUUAUUUGUUAAUCUUAUCAGAACCAAAUCUUUACCUAUUGUGGUCACUGUCAUUAAAUUAUCUAGGAAAUAUUUUCAAUAUUACUCUGAAUAGCAGAAGUUAAUCAUAAACUCAAACACUGUAUGGUAAUUUAAAACAAAGUAUAGAAGCAAGAUGGGGUCUGGAGUUUCAGAUUUAAGUCUUCCUGAAAUCAUUUUUAUUGUUCACAGAAUUAUCUUAAGAACAGCAAGAGACUGCAAAAGGUAAACAAUGAUCCACUGUCCUUUGAGAACUGUCUUUCCUUCUGUACAGAAAAUUUGCUUGGUACCUUGCUUCCUGCUUCCAUUCCAGUUAUAUUGUGUGUGAACUUUCAGGGUAAAACUCUGGAAAGAGGUUCAUUUUGCUCUCCACCUCUCACAUGUAGAUUAACCACAUUGCUCUAGAGAGAAUUUCAGCUGGAUGUUUUGGGUUAGGGAUUCCCCAUGGACUCCAGAAACCGCAGGCUAUAAUUCUGAGGUUUUUCCAAUAAUAACACCAUAGCAGAAAUGAUUGAGGGGAAGGUAUUACUCUGUGAAAACAAAAUUUUCAAGGGUUUUUGACCUUGUGAGUGUGUUUUUUUAAAGCAGAGGAAUGGGGAUGGACAUUAAAUCUGUGUUGUAGGGAGGCUCAGCAUAAAAGUUUUCAAGCCAAAUGCAACUAAUUGGUAACAAUUGUGUUAAAGAGGCAGCUGUGAAUAUUCAUUGUUUCAUUUUGCAAGUGUUGGUUUUGAAAUUAUCUUUAUGCACAUCAGAAAUCCAUUUUCCAAAGGAAUGGUUUCUUAUACAAAGAAUGGAUAUGGUUCUCUGCCUCCCCAGAAUCACACCAGACAGGUUGUGAACUGAAAUCCUAGAUGGGCAUGCAGGUGACUUCUGAUAUAAAUGAGGAAUAGGAAACAUUUCUUCUCUACCAAGUAGCUCCCUGUAAUAAACGUAAGUAAGAUGAAACCCAGAUUUACCCAAAAAGUGGUUAAGAGUUGAUUUCAAUAAAAGGGUUGAUGAGGAUUAAUGGUUCCUAAGAAAACCUAGUGUUUAAUUGCAUUGAAAACUUACUUUAUGGGAUUCUUAUUGUGAAUCCAUUUACAAUAAUGAUUUGAAUUUUUCAAAAAUUUCAGUAGCAUACAAACUAUUUAAAUUGAAAUAAAUGUAAAAUUAAAAUAUAGAGGGCAAGAAUAAAUGAGACACAUUUUAGUGGACAUCUGGGCAUUUAUGGACUUUGAAUAGUACCUAGCAAGAAGAAUAUGCAUUCUAUGCUAAUGGGUUUUCUCAUAUUUGCAAAUUUUUCCUCAUAUUUGUGGAGCUUGUUUCCUAGAAACUUUCCUUUAUCUUAAAGAGCUAUAUCUGACUUUUCAUAUUGACCUGUUCCUUGGAAAGUUAUUUGAUGAAACAGUCUAAAAUCCAUUUGAGUAUUGAAAGGAUCCUUUUAUAAAAUACAGAAACAUUUAAAAGUUUUGUAAUCUUAAUGAUAGUGUUCUCCUUAAAGUGAAGUACACAUGAAGUUUCCUAUACUUUCCUUUUUGUAGCGAGGACCACAGAUUUUUGUACUCGUAUUCAAAUGAGUCUGUAAGAUUUGAGGGUUGAUAGAUAAAACUUUUUGUUACUUGGCAAGACCCGCAGAGAAGGAUGUGGACUUAGCAGAUAUGACCAGGGACUACACAGUGGUCUGUCAGUCACCCAAGGAGUUACAGCCCAAGUUACACUCCUGGGCCAGCUCUCAGAGAAGGGGCUGUCCAUUGUCCUGGGAAAGGCUGAGUUUGCAUAAACACCUAGCAUUGUUAAUUUUCAACAGGGAAAACAGAUCACAACAUAGGAAAUGGCCAGUUUUUCAGUGUUAUAUUUCAGUUAACAUUUGCAAGUAAUCAGAGCUACUUGUGUAUAUAAACUGUUCGCAACUCUGGCCACUUGCAGCAUUUUGAUUUAUUUUAGGAAAAACACCUAUUGUUUCAUUAACAACCAUGCUGCCUUAGAAAUAUAAUGUAAGGAAUGGAGUUGAACAAAGCAUAUUUCAGAGGGCUUUGAAAUAGAAAAUCAGAAGCGAUUUUAAUCCCUCCAAACAUUUUCCAUUAGCCAUGCCUUGUGUAAACCAGCCAUGCCCUGUGUAAUGUGAGCCCCAAUUCUCACAAGUUGCUGCUCCCAUCAGUAUUCUUUGCCAAUUCACUGGAUUUCUUAUUUUACUGUUUUCAACUUUGGGUGCUUUGUUCCCAUCUUCUAAACCUAGUUUCCUGCUCUUAAAAGUCUGUGUUUUGAUUCUCUCUUGAAGCCAGGUGUCCGCACUGACAGUGUUUGAUUUCAGUAGAAUUUUCCCAGAAGAGACACAGGCAGGAUGACAUACCUUAGCUUCCCUUUCAUUUUAAUGUGAGGAAAAACCAUCCUUGAGAGACAAAGCACCACUUAUAAGUGUGUUUCUGGAUAGGGAAGAACCUUCUUUUAAACAGCUGAUUGUUCGUGAUCCAGAUUUCUCUUCCUGCUGAACUUUACAAGUGUGGUAGAAGUAAAUGCACUGUACAACCCCAAGCCAAGAUCACUGCUGAUGAGACUCUGCCUGUGUUCCUCAGCAACCACUCUCACUACUUUAGGAGACACAUUCACUUCUGAAACAAGCACAACUAGCUAUAUUUAUUUUCUUCUUAUGCAUUUAUAUUAAUAGGUUCACCAUAACAAAUUAGGCAUUCAUUCUUACAGAAUUAGAGCCCUUUUGGAAUAAGGUUUUAGGCACUUCUGCUGUUGACUCUACCUUAGACUUGGUAAACUUAAACUUACAGAAUGUGGUUAUAGAUUAAGGAUGGAUACACUCUGUCCUCAAACCAAGCUUCACUUAUGAGCCAGUUGGGUAUUAGUCACAAAUGAACAGUGACACCUUGUUAUGUGCUGAGUUGAGGGGAGGCAAGCCUGAUCCCCAAAUUAUUGAUUAAGCCUAAUAUCUCUAAGCAAAAUACCAUUUGCAAACCCUGGUUACUGUCCCACUGGACAGGGCUUCAGAUUUGUUUUACAGAUCUCUAGUCAGGGAUGUGGUUUGUGAUGCUGGUAGGAACACAUGUUGGAGAGAAGAAAUUGUGGGAGUUCCUCAGGGUUGAAUUGUGUGUGUGCAGCGCAGUUACACAUCCAGGCCAGCCUGACAUUGAAUUCUUGCUUACAAAAGGUUUAAUCUGUUCUUCCAGUCAUGCUGAGAGGACCAACAAACAUUUUCUGAUUUUUGGUGAGACUGGAAAGCAUUCAUGGAGACUUUCUCAGCUAAACCUAUAUAGUGUCCAUUUAAAUAUUGCAGUUAAGUGUAUUCCAAAAUAACGGCAACACAAAAUGGAAAUGUGCCAGUAUGUCAGCUUUGCACCUGAAAGAUAAUGUAUACUUGGAAAGCUUAUGCUUCUCUAAAUAAAUAUAUGUUAAUAAGUAAGCCAUAUCACAGUUGGAGAAAUUGUAUAUACUUUUCCAUAUAUACCUUCAGAAACCAGGUAUUUUACAUAUGAUUGAUUUUAGAAAGAUUUUGAAGCUGGAAUUUGUCCAUAUAAUUUAAGAUCAAAGUAUAGUAUAUGUACUGUAUUUGCAAUUUUCAAAUUGUAAUUUCCUAUACAUUUAUUAAAUAAAGUAUUGUUUUGCCAUGUGGUUUAUUAAAAA